CAAGAUACCAGCGUCCAGAAACUCAGCAACAGCAAGCUUCAGGAGAGAGAAUGGAUGUUAAUGAAGGUGACUUUAGAAGAAUUCAGCAUUUUGAGCCAAUGCAAGGUGUGCAAGAGAGUCGGAACAGUAUGGGUCAGUUUGCUAAUAAUAGGCAGCUGCAGCCUUUGCAAGGUGUACAGGAAAUUCCACAAACGAUCAGUGGAUUCCAAUCAAAUGUUGAUGAUGGUCAUUUAAGAAUGGAUGGUGGUCAAUCAAGUGUCGAUGGGGGACAUUUAAGAAUGGAUGAAGGUCAAUCAAGUGUGGAUGGGAGACAUAUAAGAAUGGAUGUGGAUGGAGGUCAAGCACCUGUAUUUAGGGGUCAGUCAAUUUUGGAUAGGGGUCAAAGGUCCUUUAAAGAUGCAUGUUUGUAUGAUGGUCGCUUACUCAUACUUACACAGGAUGUUAUUGAAAAUUUAAGAAGAGAAAAUAUAAUAGAAAUCGGCAAGGGUUCAUUUGGAAAAGUAUAUAAAAGUGAAUCUAAAUCAGAGGACUUUGGGAUACAUGUUGUUGUCAAGAAAAUACUUGUGAUGGGACCUUCAGCAACCACAAUUAGAAGGGAAAUGAUUACAUCCAGAAUUUUGCAUCCAUUUAUUCUUCCAUUGCUAGCUGCUGUUGAGCAACCAUUACCAGAUGG